UCGAGUUACCCCUUACACAAAUGAACCUUUUUUGUUUUUCUACAUAUCCCUAUUUCCCUUGAUGGGAAGGAAUUCUUCUUCCAGGAAAUCAAACAUAUUGUAUAUAUUCCGUGUUACUCUUGUUGACCUUAAUAGCCUAUGCAUCAUUGAUCAGCGAUCGUGGAAAACACACUGCUCCAGAGCCUCAACAGGAUCAGCAAGUGAUUGCACCGGUUGAUAUCUCUCUCCAUAUAUAUAAUUUCAAAUAAAGUUAAUAGCAAGAGAGAACAAGAAGAAGAAGAAGAAGAAGAAGAAAAGGAGGGAGAGAUCAAAUUAAUUAAUAAUGGAAGCAGAAAGGCUAGGAGGAGGUGUUGUUCCAAGUAGUUUACAGGUCUCAUUCUCUACUAGUACUAGUAAUAGUACUACUCCACAAGGGAAUAUUCAUGAACUGGGUUUUGUCCAAUUCGAAGAAAACCAGGUCUUAAGUUUCAUGUCCCCUUCCCAACACAUAUCUUCUCAUCAUCAUCACCAGAUCACUACUCCUCCUAUAACCACCACUGCUUCCACCGGUUUUACGGCCGGCCAAGGCAAUAACCAGGUGGGAACAUUGGAUCCGAAGACUACUGUUAACGACGAUGGAAAUGCCAAUAAUGGCAGCAACGAUUCUUGGUGGAGAAGCUCAUCAGGAUCCACAGAUCAGAAAAAUAGUAGUAAUAAAAUGAAGGUGAGGAGGAAACUGAGAGAACCAAGAUUCUGCUUCCAAACAAGGAGUGAUGUGGAUGUGCUUGAUGAUGGUUAUAAGUGGAGAAAAUAUGGCCAAAAACUCGUCAAGAACAGCCUCCAUCCAAGAAGCUACUACCGGUGCACGCACAACAACUGUCGAGUGAAGAAACGAGUAGAACGGCUAUCGGAGGAUUGUCGAAUGGUUAUAACAACCUAUGAAGGUAGACACAAUCACUCUACCUGCGAUGACUCCAACUCAUCCGACCAUGAUAACAACCGCUUCUCCUCUUUUUAGAUCUAUCUAUCUUCCCCAAUUACACAACGAACACAUUUGCCUUGUUCAUUUGGUAUAUAUAUAUAUACACACGUGUGUGUGUAAUGUAUAAGAUUGUGAAACUCCCUGGCGAUGUUAGGGGAAUUAUAAUUUAUGACUACAUUUGC